ACUACGCUCUUCCAGCUGUCCGACCUGGGAAAUUCUCCUGCGCUAAACCCCGAGGCGCUCGAGGGCGUAGCCGCGGUGCAUCCUGGGAGUUGUAGUUUUCUCCACUCUGAGGGAGAAUGGCUCCACACGGGAGCAGGACGCUGAGAGAACUACAUGCAGGAGGCGGGGUCCAGCGCGAGGGAUCUACGCAGCUUGCGGUGGCGAAGGCGGCUUUAGUGGCAGCAUGAAGCGCACCCCGACUGCCGAGGAACGAGAGCGCGAAGCUAAGAAACUGAGGCUUCUUGAAGAGCUUGAAGACACUUGGCUUCCUUAUCUGACUCCCAAAGAUGAUGAAUUCUAUCAGCAGUGGCAGCUGAAAUAUCCUAAACUAAUUCUCCGAGAAGCCAGCAGUGUAUCUGAGGAGCUCCAUAAAGAGGUUCAAGAAGCCUUUCUCACACUGCACAAGCAUGGCUGCUUAUUUCGGGACCUGGUUAGGAUCCAAGGCAAAGAUCUGCUCACUCCGGUAUCUCGCAUCCUCAUUGGUAAUCCAGGCUGCACCUACAAGUACCUGAACACCAGGCUCUUUACGGUCCCCUGGCCAGUGAAAGGGUCUAAUAUAAAACACACCGAGGCUGAAAUAGCCGCUGCUUGUGAGACCUUCCUCAAGCUCAAUGACUACCUGCAGAUAGAAACCAUCCAGGCUUUGGAAGAACUUGCUGCCAAAGAGAAGGCUAAUGAGGAUGCUGUGCCAUUGUGUAUGUCUGCAGAUUUCCCCAGGGUUGGGAUGGGGUCAUCCUACAAUGGACAAGAUGAAGUGGACAUUAAGAGCAGAGCAGCAUACAACGUAACUUUGCUGAAUUUCAUGGAUCCUCAGAAAAUGCCAUACCUGAAAGAGGAACCUUAUUUUGGCAUGGGGAAAAUGGCAGUGAGCUGGCAUCAUGAUGAAAAUCUGGUGGACAGGUCAGCGGUGGCAGUGUACAGUUAUAGCUGUGAAGGCCCUGAAGAGGAAAGUGAGGAUGACUCUCAUCUUGAAGGCAGAGAUCCUGAUAUUUGGCAUGUCGGUUUUAAGAUCUCGUGGGACAUAGAGACACCUGGUUUGGCGAUACCCCUUCACCAAGGAGACUGCUAUUUCAUGCUUGAUGAUCUCAAUGCCACCCACCAACACUGCGUUUUGGCUGGUUCACAACCUCGGUUUAGUUCCACCCACCGAGUGGCAGAGUGCUCAACAGGAACCUUGGAUUAUAUUUUACAACGCUGUCAGUUGGCUCUGCAGAAUAUCCAUGACAAUGUGGACAAUGAUGAUGUCUCUUUGAAAUCCUUUGAGCCUGCAGUUUUGAAACAAGGAGAAGAAAUUCAUAAUGAGGUCGAGUUCGAGUGGCUGAGGCAGUUUUGGUUUCAAGGCAAUCGAUACAGAAAAUGCACUGACUGGUGGUGUCAACCCAUGGCUCAAUUGGAAGCACUGUGGAAGAAGAUGGAGGGUGUGAUAAGUGUGAAGUUAUACAAAGAGCUAGGACUUAUGUCUCCCAGGUUGAUAAGGCACAAGGCAACAAAUGCUGUGCUUCAUGAAGUUAAAAGAGAGGGGCUCCCCGUGGAACAAAGGAAUGAAAUCUUGACUGCCAUCCUUGCCUCGCUCACUGCACGCCAGAACCUGAGGAGAGAAUGGCAUGCCAGGUGCCAGUCUCGAAUUGCCCGAACUUUACCUGCUGAUCAGAAGCCAGAAUGUCGGCCAUACUGGGAAAAGGAUGACGCUUCGAUGCCUCUGCCGUUUGAUCUCACAGACAUCGUUUCAGAACUCAGAGGUCAGCUUCUGGAAGCAAAACCCUAGAAGGAGCACAAGUCUCAGGCGGAGGAGAAAAAGAGAUCGGCUUUUCUCCUCCAGCGCUCUCAUGGGCUUAAGCAAGGGCAGUGGAGACUUCUCUUGGCCCCUAGAAAGUAGCACCCAGGUCCCAAUCCAAAACAGCUAGGAAAUGGUGCCCAUGAAUUUUUAAAUGUUUUAAAAUGACCCUGUGUUAUAGUCUGAUUUGGUGUUAAACAGGACCUUCUUCCCCAAAAAUUGUUCAGAUUUUAAAAUGUGAGCCAUUCAGCCCCCAAGGUCCAGGGCAGGUGACAGGAAUGAGCCCAGCGUGUGACAAAGCCUAACCUACUUUCCUCUUUCCCAAGCUUUUUCAGAGACUCUGGAGUGGACCCAGCCCUCUGGGGAAAGACAGAACUUAGAGACAUCCCAGUUUCUCACCCACACCCAUAGUGCUGUCCAAUAUGGUAGCCACUAGCUAGCUGUGGCUACUUCAAUUUAAAUUCAGUUUUAAUUUUAAUUAAAAAUGCAGCUCUUCAGUUGCCCUGGCCACAUUUCAAGUGCUUAAUAGCCUCAUGUGGCUAGUGACUGCUGUAUUGGACGGUACAGAUAUGGAACAUUUUCAUCAUCAAAGAAAGUCCUAUUGGACAACGCUUCUAUAAAAAGUUUGAGAGCAGGAAUUCCCGUUUCCAUUCCUCUGUAGCCUCUAUCCCCAAAGGCAAAGAAACUAAAAGAGAAAUGACUCAUUGAAGAUUGGCCUCUUUCCUUUCUCUAAGACAAACCUAAGUAAAAGCCUGAGCUUUGAGUCCUGUGCUCAGUGCACAGGAAGGAGAUGUUAAUAAUUAAAAUAAAGUUGAUAUCCUCUCUUUAGGGAGUUCCCCUGAUCUCUUGAAAGAGACACAGCCCCAUUUACAUUAUUUCGUGGAUUUCACCAGCAUAAUAUAGUUUUUUCUGUAAGUCCCUUAUUCUUAUGUAAUAACAGGUAGAACUGAGGUUUGAAGAACCUCAGUGGCCCAUCCUGAUGACAUUGGAGACUCAGAGAGACAAGAGAGAGUAGGAUUUAAAACCUGAGCUUUAAGACUCCCAACUAGCUUCGUGUCCUUUGGCAUGUUAACGUGCCUCAGUUUCCUCAUCUGUAUAAUGGGGAUAUAUGAAAGGCACCACUCCUAAGGUGAACAUUAAGUGAGAUGAUUCUAGUUACAGACUUAGAACAAUUUCCAGCACAUAGUUAAAUAUCCAGGAAAUUCUAGUACUGUUAUGUGUGGGUGAGCUGACCUGGAUGUAGAUGUUUUCCUCUCUCUUUCUGACCCCUCCGCCAGUUUUGUCUUGUGAUGCCAUUAACACAUUUCUCCCUUUCUGACCUGGCUCCUGCCCAUUGGUGUCCCAAGAAAUUGUGAGAAUAGUUAGCCCCCCUCUCCCCAGCCUGUUGCCUUCUCAUGUAGUUGUUCACAGUAGUUGAGAAGUUGAAGAGCUUUUGCCUAUUGAAGGUGCACUGAGAAUAAACUCUUUCCUGCCACCAGAAUUGCAGUGGCUCAGGGCCUGCACUCAUUCCCAUGCAGUUAAUAGCCACAGAAAUGUCACGUUAAGCAAAGCGGCCAGGGUCUCAUCAUGUUGAGACUCGAGUCUCUCAGACCUUGGAUUCAUUCCCUGGUGUCUUUGAGCCUCGGUUUCCUCAUUGGUAAAAGAGAAGUGAAGCAGUGUCUCACAGGGUCAUUACAGAGAUUAAAUGAAAUAAUGUAGACCAGGAGGGCGUGGUGUUUAAAAGUCACAGAUGGGGCACCCUCGGGCCAUCCAGCCCAGUGUUUUCUUUAGCCCCUAUGAUGUUCAUUUUUUGUUAUAUUCCAUUAGGUGCCAAUAUUUAGAAAUUGUGAGAUUUCACAUAAAAUUAAAAGGUCUGCAUUUUCUUUUUUUUUUUUUUUUUUUGAGACAGAGUCUCACUCUGUCACCAGGCUGGAGUGCAGUGGCAUGAUCUAAGCUCACUGCAACCUCUGUCUCCCAGGUUCAAGUGAUUCUCCUGCCUCAGCCUCCCGAGUAGCUGGGACUACAGGUACGUGCCACCACGCCUGGCUAAUUUUUGUAUUUUUAGUAGAGAUGGGGUUUCACCACGUUGGCCAGGAUGGUCUCGAUCUCAACCUCGUGAUCCACCCACCUCGGCCUCCCAAAGUGCUGGGAUUACAGGCAUGAGCCACCGCGCCCAGCCAAGGUCUGCAUUUUUCUUUAGAACUCAGAAUACCCAGUAGUCCUAGGCCCCCAUCCUCGCAUGGCAACAAGCUAAAUAGCGUCUUCCCACUGCGAGUUGGGGCAUGACCCAGCCUAUGGUUUGCCAUAAUCCCUCUUUUUCUCCGUUUUAUCACUAAUUGUGAACCUGACCUGCGUCACCCUUUCAUGUCAGCACUCUCCAAACCUGCUUGCUUGCACCCCUCUAGUCGAAAUGUUUUGUGCUCACCCCAGUAUAUGUGUGUGACUAUUGAACUGUAUUCGUAGACUGCUUGUACUAAUGUAAUGUGCAUCAUGAAAUAUUCAUAUCCAAUAAAAAUAUUAAAAGGAUCAGAUAAGAAACCAA